AUGAUAACAGGAACACAAGCUUCAAACGAUAUUCUUCAAUCGAAAACGAAUAUAAGGGUGCAAUCGCAAAACAUCACUGCACUUAGUGGCUUCGCCUCAGCAAUAAAAGUACCCGUUGCCAAUUUAGAAAACACAGAUUCAACAUAUUUAGAAAACAACAAACCAAUAUAUGUACCUACAAUCCAGGAACCUUUGCACCAAAUGUUGAAAUCAGAAGACGUCGAAGCACCUGCCACAUUUCUACUUCCGCCUACAAAUGAAGCCUUAAUGUAUUACAAGCCACAACAGUCCGACAGUGAUUGGUAUCCAAUCGCGCCAACCAAACAAAUAACAAAAUCGCCUGAACGAGAAAACUUACGUACAGCGAAAUCACAGAGAGAUGCAUUACCCGCCACAAUGCUUUUACCGCCAUUAGAAAAUGCACUCAAUUUUUACUUUGCGGAUCCUUUGAAACCCGUUGCGAAAUUGCAACAACCGACGAUAUUGUACCCAAAGAAGUUUGUUGGGUACAAACCUGUCCCAAUUCCAAUUGCGCAAUUCGCUGAAAAUUUAACGGAAAUCCCGAGGGCUAAGCCUCUUAAGCCAUUAACACCUUAUCCGAGCAUUGACGGCAUUUAUAUAACACCAAUAGAUGAGAAGAAACAGUUCCUGUAUGCUCAGGCAGAAGAGAAAAGAAAACUGAAGAAGGAACAGGAAGUGAUCCAGGACAUCGUUCCUGAAGAAAACGAACAGAAUAAUGAAGAAAUCGUUACCCCUACGGAACAGCAAGCUUCAGAAUCGAAUCAUGAUUACCCAGAACAAGAGAGGUAUCCUGCAAAGCAGAAUGUGAAGAGGCCUGUAUACGUACCGGCUAAUAAAGGAGAAAGAACGGAAUUCCGUAUGCACGGCAUGAACGGACCUCACAGCUAUCAAUUUGGUUAUGAUACAGGAAAAGGGAAGAAUCGUCAAUUUCGCUAUGAAGAGCGCGACAAUGAUGGUCACGUGAGAGGGCACUAUGGCUACAUGGAUAAAGGUGGAAAACUCAGAGUGGUUAAAUACGACGCUGACCCGAAGUUAGGUUUCAGAGCAGACCCACCAGUUGUUCAAGAAUGA